AUGGAGGGAAUUAAGGUCUUUGCACCGGACGAGAAGCACGUGUGGCUCCCUGGCGUCAUCUGUGGGGCCAGUAGCGACGGUAAACAGCUGACGGUGCGGCUUGAUGAGGUCGUGGGACCGCGUGACGCGUCGGUGCUGGAACUGAUUCCAUCUGAGCGCGAGCUCAAGUCGCUCACGGGCUCCCAGCGGUCCGUGGACCUUACGGAAGCUCUGGAGUGUUUCAAUACGUCAGUGGACGCAGCGGAGAACACAAAGUCGUCGCUGCCGUUACAGAAUUCGAGCGAGAGUGCUAAUGGCUUCGAAGACAUGAUCCUCGUCGACCAUUUGCACGAGGCGUCGAUUUUGUACAACCUGAGACGGCGGUUUUUUCACCAAUUACCGUAUACAUAUACAGGACGAAUCUGCAUUGCGGUGAACCCGUAUCAAUGGCUGGAUCUCUACUCUAAGGCGAUCAUGGAAAGGUUCAGUGAUGGAAAAAGGGAAAACAAACCGCCGCACGUCUACGCCGUGUCGAUGGAGGCUUUUUUCAACAUGAGACAAAAGCAGGAGAAUCAGAGCAUAUUAGUGUCGGGUGAGUCGGGAGCUGGCAAAACUGAGACGACGAAAAUUGUCAUGAGCCAUUUGGCGGCAUUGGCCACGAACUCGAACUCAAAAGUGAUCCAGCAAAUUAUCCAGGCCAACCCGCUGCUUGAGUCGUUCGGUAAUGCCAAGACAGUGCGUAACGACAAUUCCAGCCGUUUCGGUAAGUUUACAGAGCUCCAGUUUACGACCGAAGGCCAAUUGAUCGGGGCUAGAUCUCGCACAUAUUUGCUGGAAAAGAGUCGCGUGACGACUCAAGCGCAAGGAGAAAGCAAUUUUCACAUUUUCUACCAGCUGCUAGCACAGCGCAAAGAGUUUUCAGAGCUAGAGCUUGGUAUGGUGGACUCGUUCAAGUACGUGCCUGUCGAGACGCAAGGUCGUGGCGGUGACGAAGAAGGCGAUCUUAGUCGUACCCGCGAAGCUCUCGAGCUAGUCGGCAUCGAACAAUCGUUACAACAUGAGAUUUUUCGUAUUCUUGGCGCUGUACUGCAUCUAGGCGAGACGAAAUUCACUACGCAGAAUGGAGAUGUGGAUGCCUCGCAGCUUGUGGAUCGGGAACACUUCAAUGUGGCUUGCAGACUGCUUGGUGUGAGUCCAGAGGCACUGGAACGCGCUGUGUGCAACCGUAACGUGUUCGUUGGUCGGGAGGUGAUCUUGAAGCCGAUGACGCACGACCAGGCGGCAGAUUGUCGUGACGCGCUCGCCAAGAGUCUGUACUCAAAGCUGUUCUUGUGGCUCGUGGAACAGAUCAAUCAGACCAUUGGUGUGAAUACCAAAGGUGCUGGCUUGUUCAUUGGAAUCUUGGACAUUUUUGGUUUCGAGCACUUUGAGACCAACUCGUUUGAGCAGUUUUGCAUCAACUACGCCAACGAGAAGCUGCAGCAGAAGUUUGUGCAGGACGUGCUGAAGACGGUCCAGAUUGAAUACGAAGAAGAAAACAUUUCGUGGUCUCACAUCACUUUCGCAGAUAAUCAGGACGUGCUGAACCUUAUCGAAGGCCGCCUGGGUGUCAUCAGCUUUCUGAACGAGGAGUCGCUGCUUGCCACGGGCACGGAUGCGUCAUUUGCAAGCAAAUUGGGCGCAGUGAUGGAGAACAAUCCGCUGCUGGAGACGCCUCGGCUGAAUAAGUGUGCUUUCUCUAUUUAUCACUACGCUGGUAAGGUCACUUACGAUGCAACAGGCUUCCUGGACAAACACCGUGACGCCAUCUUACCGGAUAUUAAGCAGUGCAUGAGUAUGUCCAAACUCAAAAUUUUGUCCAAGAUGUUUACAGAUGACGUGAAUGCUAGGUGCGUAGAGAGCAGUGGGUCCAGCGCUCGUGGCAAAAAGCGCAGUGGCAGUGUCAAAAGAGGAGGACACGCCCAGACCCGCCGCACGACGGUGGGCACACAGUUCAAGGAGAGUUUGUCACAGCUUAUGGAAAAGAUUGGACUUACAGAGGUGCAUUAUGUGCGUUGUCUCAAGCCAAAUCCGCUGAAGAGUGCUCACUGCUUCUCACACGGCGACGUCGUCAGCCAGCUGCGUUGCGCAGGCGUGAUUGAGGCCAUUCGAGUGUCUCGCAGUGCGUACCCGAACCGUAUGCCGCACCUGGAGUGCAUCAAGAAAUUCCGCGUGCUGCGUACAGGUGCGGUUCCGACGCAGAAAAAGUCCAUCAGCGAUUCAGACAUGGAAUAUGUCAAAACCCGAUGCGAAAAGUUGAUGGAAAAGCUGCUGUCGGGACGCAACAUCCAGGAUUAUCAGGUAGGUUUGACCCGUGUUUACUUCCGCGAGGGUGUCUUGGAGGAACUGGAGACAAAGCGAGGCUGGGCGUUACGCAAGUACGCAAUUGUACUGCAGAAAAACGUGCGCUGUUGGCUCAUGCGCCGGCGUUUCUUGCGGCAAAAACAGCAAAUUGUGGUGAUCCAGAAGUACUGGCGCCGCUAUGUGAUUCACAAGCAGUACUUGAAGCUGCGUCGAGGUGUUGUGAAGCUGCAGGCCCAAGCUCGCGGUGUCUCGACCCGUAAGAUGUACCGUGUGCUCAAGUUUGACUACCGCAUUGUUCGUUUCCAGGCCUACUGUCGUAUGCACAUGGAGCGCCAGCGUUACCUUAUGAGAGUGUCAGCGGUAAAGAGACUCCAAGGAUUCUUCCGUUUCUCUCUCUUGCGGCUUGUGUUUUUGCGUAAGAUGGAGAAGGAGAAGGCUUACAAAGAGCUUGGCUCGAAGGUUGCACAACUGCAAAUGAAGCUGGACAGAAAGCAAGUGCACACUGGAGCAAAGCUGUCUCCAUCAAACAAGACUCGUUCACUCGGUCCAUCAGACGUGUCGAAUGUAACAGGAACCAGCAGCGACCGCGGCACUAGUAGCAGCAGCUCCACGCGUGGCUCGAUUCCCAACCACCGGUUCAGUGGUACUAGUGGAAUUCUGGACGAAAGUCACGAAGUGAUUACCGCACUUCACGAAGAGAAUGAAAAGUUGCGAACGCAAUUGGAGCAUCAGGAGACUGAAAUCCAGCGUCUGAAGACCGAGAACCGUACGCUGAAAAACUGGCAACAGUCCAAAGAGGUUGGCGAGCAGGUGCAGAAGCUGGCCUAUCGUGACCAGGAAAGCAAGGACUUGACAUAUUUGGCGGCGAUCGAGACAGAGUACGAGAAACUUCGAUCGUACAUAUGUGAAAUACGCGAUCUGCCCACCGAUAUCGGUAGCAUCACACAAGCCAGUACUACUUCGCCGGCUUCUGGUGCCCGCAGCUCGCUCACGUCGUUGUCGUCAGAAAAAUCGGUGUCCGUCAUGGCUGCACCUAGCGGCAAUGUGGACCAGAAAUCAGCUGAGGCACAUCACUUGCUACUGAAAAGUGCUGCUCGUAUCGGACACGCCAAGAGCAAAGUCUCGAGUAAGGGCAAUGCGCGUCGGGUCAAGGACCAUUGGGAAGAGAUUCGUAAUUUUCCUCCAUCCAUGCACUACAAUCUGGGCUCGGUGCCGUGGAAGCGGCUGCUCGCGGAUUGGGCGCAGGGCAACCCAAAGAAGCUGGAUUACAUGACGCGUUGGCUCAAAAACGUUUUGGAUGGCGGUCCGAUCGUGUCGGACACGUUUCCGAUGGGCGUCGAGCUCAAAUAUGUGACUCCGAUGAUGUUGGAUGGAUUUAUGCAACUCGUUAUUCCAAAGCUUGCGGAACGGCCCGAUAUUCAGGUGCACGUGCAUACAAAAGAGUUUAUUGGAACGAGCAUGCGGAUUACACUGUCACAGCUGGAACAGCAGCAUGGUGCGAGUUGGGGCUCUCUCUCGCAUGCUCGCGUUGAGCGUACGCCACCAUUGGAGGUGGAAGACUUCCAGCGAAUUUCGAUUCUCGCUAACAACAAUAGCCGGAGCUCGAGCAAUCUGCUAUCCGCCUCAACACUUAGCCUUUCUCCAAUGGAGUCGAACUCAGCCACGUCGUCAGGUAGUCCAAGUAGCUACCGCUCCAGUAUUUUUCGCUCAGGACGUGGGAACAACAGCGGUGAUUUCAACCCGCGCAAUUCGUUCUUUCACCGGAAUAAGUAA